AUGACGACACGGGUAUCGACAGUGGCAAGUGGGAGGGUGCUGCUUCCACGGGAGUCCCUCACGGAGGCGGAGAAGUGGCGGUACGUCAUUGAUAAUACCCUCAGAGUGGGUGGCUUAGGUUUUCUCAGUGGCACCGCAUUUUCGCUCGUUGUGUUUCGCGCCGUCGGGCCACGCAUUGUGGUGACGGCGUUUGGCGGUGGUUUCGGCCUUGGCAAGUCGUACGUGGACAUGAGGUACGUGUUCGGCCACGACGUGGUUGCGGAUGCCGUCUGGACGGCGGAAGUGGUGAAUAAGAGAGGUUGCAGUGCGCCCACAGCAAAUGAGGGCGAGGAUGCCAGCCCCCAAUAG